AUGAAACAGCGUUUUAAUUACUUGGACAUUCGCACAGCCGUUAACGAGCUGCAUCCCAAAAUCGAGUCAACCUACAUCCAAAACAUAUAUUCAUCCGGCCAGCGAACAUUCUACGUCCGCACCAACAAAAACAUAUUCCUGAUUGAGGCCGGUCUGCGUAUACAUCUGACCGAUACGUAUCCUAGCAAUGAGAUUAGUUUCUUCUGCAAGAGACUGCGUACAUGUUUGCGGCGAAAAAAGAUUGGAGGUGUAAAACAGGUAGGCUUUGACAGAGUGGUUGUGGUGCAGGCGGGUGAGUUUCUGGUGGUGGUGGAAAUGUUUGCAGCCGGUAAUUUGAUUGUGCUGGAGAAAGAGAGCGUGGCGAGUGAACGAAAUAGUGGAGAGGAGGAUGAGAAGGAUAGAAAUGGGUUGGAAAGGACAGAGUAUCGCGGUAAUGGGCCAAUUACUGAAAUAUACGAUGGUGAAGCGGGAAAAAUGGUGAUAGAUAGGAAUGGAAGUGGGCAGUCGGAUAACAUGAUCGACAAAUCGGUUAGAAUAUAUGAGAAAAAGGAGGAGCAACCUAAAAAAGAAAGUAAGGUUAAGAAAAGGUUGAGAGAGAGCAUCGUAAAAGGAGUAAAAACACAGAAAACUGUUGAGCGAGAGAAGGUCGAUCUCAAUGAUAUUUAUGAUGUGAUGAACAAAUACAGAAUUGUUGAAAUUUUUAGACCUGUGAGCGAACUUAACAUGGUGAAAGGCUCGUAUUACGUUUUUAAUCCUAUUCAGCUAAAUUUCAGAUACUCGUUUUUUCAAAGCGUGGACACUUUUGUGGGACUGGAUAAGGAGGUAAACGAAUUUAUUGGGAAUAUAUUGAAAGUACAGAUAGGACGAGCAAGAAAUAGUGGAAACCUUGAAAAUACCAACAAAAAUUGCGAGAUGAAAUCUUUGUCAAGUGGUAAAAUAGCACAGCAGUCACAAAAAGAUGACAGGAUUUUGAAGGCAGCAGCUUUCAAGGAAUAUAUGAAUAAUGUCGAUUUGAAAAAUCUUGCUGAAAAUGAGAUCGCAGUGUUUGAAGCCUUUUUCACUAAUUUGAGAACAAUUUUUAAAGCAAAUAAAGACUAUGGUGCUAUAAUUGAAAAGAAAGGAAAGGCAGCCAAUUAUCUGUGCUUAGAUUUCAAUGUGAUUGAUCCUGAAGGUGAUUUUCUUGAGUGUUAUCCUCCAGGUAAUCUUAAGAUAUUCGGUUCAUUCAACGAGUGCGUGAACACCUUUUAUUCAGGUUCUAAGAAGAUGCAGAGCAAGGUAAAUCUCAGUAAGCGAGACAAGGUAAGAAUGCAACAGCUAAAGUAUGUACAGGAAAUUGAGAACGAAGAAAAUGAACUGAGAAAGGCAGCGAUUAUAAUAGGGAUGGCAAGAGAUGAUAUUUCCAGGGUAUUUAAGGUACUUAACUAUGUGAAGAAUAACAAGAUAAGCUGGGAGAUGUUUUUUAAGCAAAAAGCUGAGGAAAGAGAUCCUUUGUACAGAGAAAGCAUUCAAAAAGUUGAUUUUAUGAAAAACGAAGUGCUGAUGCGCAUUUUUUAUGAUGGAAAUAUGUUUGAUGAAAAUGGUGAGCGAUACUCGGUUAGUUCUGGAGAAAAUAACACCAAGAAAAGCAAACGUAAGGCUAAAGCGGCAAAAGACACGAUAGAGGACCGUUGUGAAGGAAAUUUUGAAAAGGAUAUGACUGAACGAGAAAACAGUGAGAUGUCUAAACGAUGUUAUAAGGAUGUUCUUCUGUUCUAUAGGCUGUCAAUAGAUAAAAACGUAAAUUAUUACUAUAACCAAAUGAAGAGCAAGAAAACGAAGAGGGAAAAGAUACGGAACAAUUUGGAAUCGAUUCUUGCCAAUAUAUCAGAGAAAAAGGCAACUGUGAAACAGCGAGAGUACAAAAAGAGAGAACUGUUUUGGUUCGAAAAGUUUAAUUUUACCGUCACGCAAAACGGCUUUCUAGUGCUUGGUGGGAAGAACGCCACACAGAAUGAAACUCUCAAUAAAAGGAAGUUCAAGCUGUUCUUCCAUGCCGACGUGAAAGGCGGGAGCGUUGUUACCGUAGACGGAACAAAACUGAACAUUUUAAGACGGAAUACCGGCUAUGCUGAGAGCAGCAGCGUAACCAGCAUCAAAAGAUUGCAAACGAACCCGGAGAACGUGUACGGUUUGAAGGAAGAAGAUAUUACGGAUGCAUCGCAAAUGUGUAUGGUGAAUUCGAACUGCUGGAAGGAUAGGAUAGUGUGUGACUCGUACUAUGUGAAUGAGGAACAGGUGAGCAAGUCAGCGCCAAGCGGUGAAUUUCUGACGAAAGGCGGAUUUAUGGUGAAAGGGAAGAAGAACUACGUACAUAAUGUGCGACUUGAAUAUGCGGUAGGCCUCCUCUUCGCACUGGAAAAAGGUUUGGAGCACAAACUUGAGAGUAUGCAUAUUGGUAGCGAUGUAGAUCAUGGACAAAGCACAGAGCCUGAGUGUGAUGAUAAACAGAUGGUGAGCGAUAGCAUUGCAGGGAACCUAAACGGUGAUAAUGCAGCCGAAAAGAGCAUUCCUGCCGCAAACUACGAUAUACCAAUCGUGUUCACCUACAGUCCAACAGAGACGGAUAAUAUAAGCUUGGCACUUCCGAUUGCCGGGAGUUGGGACACGUUCAAGGCCUACAAAUUCGCAAUAAAAAUAGUGCCGGGCAGGAAUAUCAAGAAAGGAAAGUUGAUGAAAGAAGUGCUUGAUUCGUUUAUGAGACGAGCAAAUGAAAGUGAAAAAUCGGUUAUCAAAAGAAUUGAUGCAACAGAGUGGAUGAAUGUUCUUCUGGGUGAUGCAAGAAUAAGUAAAUAA